GUUAAACGAACGUCGAAAUUCUAAUAGCAUUUAUUUAUAUUUAUUUAAAGAAUCAUCAACACACAUAUAGAUAUUGUGUUGUGGGAGGAUGUUUACUUUACAAAUCUGUAUACACAUUGGCUGAUGAGAUACCCUGUUAAGCCCAAUAAUUCACAUAUGUUGAGUGCCCUGUUGCUCUGUUAUCAAAUUGUACUUGCAAGGCAAAAUUAAAUUGAGCUGAAGGAUGCAUGAAUAAGUCUAACAGAUGGCCUGUGUAUGUAUGUGAUAAUAAAAUCAAAAUAGCAUAUUAGACAUCUGUAGAGAACAAAACGGUUAACUUCUCACAGUUGCCUAGCAUUUUCUGUAUCAAUGCCCUGUAAUAUAUUGCUCGGCAAGUUAUUGAUUGUUAUUCAAAACCUUUAACAGUGAUGUUUCCUCAGCUACUGCUAACUUUGUCCUCUAUCUUCGUGGUGUCUGAAAGGCAUACAAAUUAUUUUGGUGGGGAAACUUCCAGCUUGAAAUAGCAAAAAUGGAUAAAGGCUGCCCUUUCAAAUCUCCCUGCCAGCAGGAACAUAAAAAAUCCCAUUCAGGUUGUAGUGAUGACAAUCGUAUUCCUCUGUCCAUUCCUGCUUCCCCCUUCAUGAAGAAGCUGGGCUAUGGCACUGGUGUCAAUGUUUAUCUCAUGAAAAGAUCCCCCACAGGCAAAUCAAAUUCUCCAUGGGCUGUGAAAAAGAUUAAUACCAAGUGUAAUGUGAAGCAGAAAAGUGUUUACCUGGAGAGACUUCAGAUAGAGGCCAAACGCUUAAAAGAUCUUGAACAUCCUAACAUUGUUGGAUAUCGAGCUUUUAUGAAAGCCAAUGAUGGAACACCAUGUCUGGCUAUGGAGUUUGGAGGAGAGAAGUCUCUGUAUGAUCUGAUAGAAGAAAGAAGUGAAAAUGGGAAAGCACCUUUUCCUGCUUCUACCAUCUUUAAAGUAGCUUUGCAUGUGGCUUAUGGAUUGAAGUACCUGCACAAUGAGAAGAAAUUGCUACAUGGAGAUAUUAAAUCUUGCAAUAUAGUAAUUAAGGAAGACUUUGAGACCAUUAAGAUCUGUGAUGUAGGUGUUUCGCUCGAAUUGGACGAAAACAUGCAAGUGAGUGAUCCAAAUGUAACAUACAUUGGGACUGAACCAUGGAAGCCAAGAGAGGCUCUGGAAGAAAAUGGUCUAAUUACAGACAAAUCAGACAUCUUUGCCUAUGGCCUUACAUUGUGGGAAAUGAUGACCCUUUCUAUGCCUCAUGUAAAUAUUUCUGAUGACUCUUUUGAUGACGAUAGUUUUGAUGAGGAUACUUAUUAUGCAGCUUUGGGUACUCGACCUGCACUCAACAUGGAGGAGCUAGAUGAUUCAUACAAGGAGGUUAUUGAACUGUUCCUGGUCUGCACAAAUGAAGAUCCUCAAAAACGUCCCUCAGCUGCACAGAUAGUGGAAGCAUUGGAGGCAACGAUCAAAAAGAAAUAAUUAAGUGCUUUUCUCACUUGUUUUGCCAAUUUAAUCCUCCAGAUUUAAAGCCUGUUACUUGCUAUUCAUUCCCUUGAUGUAAUUUUAAUCUUUAUUUCUAACUAUUUAUCUUGCUGUAAUAAAUUCCUUGUUUACUAUCACAAUAAAAUCUCAAUUAUCCAUAUA